AUGCUUCCAAAGCCGCAUAGUGUAGUGUCAGUGGUUGGGAAUGGCAUAGUGCUGUUGGUUUACUGUAGAAAGAAAAAGAAUCUCUGACCACCAGAACUCAUGACUAUUAACCUGGCCGUCUGUGAUUUUGGAUACAGCCUCUUGGGGGCGCCAUGCCUCAUAAUUUCCAGUGUGUCCCAUGGCUGGGUGUUUGGGGAAGCAGGGUGCCUGUGGUACGGGUUGCAGGGCUUUGUUUUUGGGAUCGGCUCCCUCAUCACCACCUGUCUCAUCUCUCUGGACCGCUGCCUCAAGAUCUGCAGCUUCAGAUACAGUCAGUGGAUCGAGAGACGUCACAUGUCCAUGUCCAUAGGGCUGGUGUGGUUCUACUCUCUGUUCUGGGCCUCCUUGCCUGUCUUUGGCUUCGGCAGCUACGGACCAGAACCCUUUGGGACCAGCUGCACCAUCAACUGGUGGGGGAUGAGGUCAUCUUUGAUCGACAGGCUCUACAUCUUGCUGAUCCUGAUCAUGUGCUUUUUUCUCCCCACACUGACCAUCGUCGCCUCCUACGUGACCAUUCUGCUGACGGUUUACUGUUCUAGUCGCGCUCUGGCAUCUAUUCCCUCCUCAACUAUCACUCACACCAGCAAAGACCUGAGACUCACAAAGAUAGCAGCUGUGGUGUGCUCCACCUUCCUCUUAUCCUGGACUCCCUAUGCCAUUGUCUCCCUCUACUCUGCCUUGGCCCCCAAGGAGGAGCAUUGGUCCGGGGAGGCCAUGCAGGGAGGAGGCCCCUCCAUGGGGACUGGAGGAUCCACCGGGAUGGCCUCAGCCUUACCAAACAUCCCCAACAUUAUGGGUCUCCUCAAUUGGACCUCCACGGAAAACUACGGAAGCAACUACGGAAGCGUCUACUACGACCCUGGAGAAUCCUUGCGGGACGUGACCAACCCAGAUCCCUACUUCUAUUCUGGCUUAGGCCAUAGUCUGUCUGCUGCUUCCACCCGCAGUUCAGCCCCAAGCCAGGAGGGGGAGUCAGAGACAGGGAGCAACCGGCCGGUGUCCUGCCUGCCACCUAUGGUGUCUCUGAUACCAGCAAUGUUUGCCAAGUCUCACUGCAUGAUUAACCCUUUCAUCUACCAGAUCAUGAACAAGGAGUUCAGAGAGGACGUGUACGACAUACUCCACAAAGGCAGAGUCUCCUACUGCCACAGCUGGCGAGGGAGGAACAACCCCAAGGCCAUGCCCAUGGUGGAGUUGGGGAAGAAAGAGAGGGCUGGCGACACCAUCUCGGUGGGGUGGGACGCCCUGGGCGUGGCCUCGCUGGACACACAGGUCAACAUGGACGGGCAGAGAGGUCUCAUUGAACUGUUCAUAGCCUAA